AUGGCGCCAAAAAGAUCCAACAAAUCUACCGACUACAGUCUUGGACUUUUGAAUAAUAUCAAUGCACUCGGACAUGAUGCGCCAAAUAUACAGGACCCCAAAAGGCGCCGCACCACCCAUGCCGACAUUUUUGACAUUCCUAUCUCCCCCUCCCCGACAAACUCUCGAGAGACUCCUCAAACCGAACCAAGAAAUACAAGAUGGAUGAGUUUGAGAAAUCGUAAAGUGCCUGAACUCGUCCGAUCGGAUUCACCCCCAGCGUUUCUGACAAUGAAGAAGACAAGGAGCCUAGCAACGACGAAUCCGGGCCAGGCGAUCACGAAUAGAUCCGGCAGCAGUGGAGAGGAGGAAUUGGUUGAUGAUAGCGACGAGCUUCAGCCCGAGCCUGAACACGAUCCGUUCCCCGAACCAGUCGAUCUGUUCCCAGCCGAAGACGAGGACCAAGCUGAUCAUCAGGUUGUACAUGAAACCAGAGAUGCACCAGAUGACACAUCUGGAGACGGACCUGAAUAUGAAGAUGAAGAAGAGGCAGGUGAUCAAGCUGGAAAGGAAGCUAGAGACGCACAAGACAAUGCAUCUGAAGACGAAUCCGAAUAUGGAGAUGAAGAAGAGGCAGAUGAUCAUUCUCCACCCGAAGUCGCGAAUGAAAACACACUAGAGGUGCAGAUCCUCGAGAGUAUACCAAGAAAUCAAAGUGAUGGCACACAUAUAAGUCGCCUUUCAGAAAGUGCUCGAGAAUUUCAAAAUGCCUCGUCGCAGCUUCAGGAAAUACCAGAGAUACCGACAAUCAAACCACCUCGCCCAAACCAGGACCAUCAAAGCACUCGCCCCAAUAUCUUCACGUGGCUAACUGAGACCAUUAAAGAAUCCGUUUUCAAGGAUACCUGGGAAGCAAUCCGCCAAACAAGAAAAACACUGAAAGCCCACGCUGAUCCCUCCACGAAAGAGCAUUUCAGGGGCAUCAUAAAGCUCAUUGAGCGACUGCGAGAUCUGUUUGAAACCAUGACCAACGAUCCUGCUUCAGCUUCUUCCUUGAAAAACCAGUGCAGCCUCAUUGCCAACAGCAUUUUUAAAGAGACCCAGUGGAUCGUAUACACCGAAGCCCCAGAAAAUGAAGAGAAUGGUGCACACCUGAUAAAUCAGCUCGAAGCCCAUAUUGUUCCCCGUCUGAUUGACUUGAUCAUACUCGGAUUCAAGACCUACAAGACCGUAAAUGAUCGGGGCGCCCGACAUUUUCGCAUUAUCCUGGAUUUGCUUUGGGGGUCCUGUGAUAGGAUAUCUUCCCUCGCCCAGAUGCAUUAUGUCAUUAGUGGGAGCGUAAUGGCUUAUUCUAGAAAAGUGUUGCGCCAUGUGAAGACUCUCAAGGAUGCACUAAAAGACGGCCGGCUACGUGAGACAACUCGCAUUCCUCAACGCCCUCUACCGUACAAGCACUUUGAGUUGGAAGAGGUCGACAGCCAUAUCUCUUGUGGACGAUGGACCUAUGCAGAGAAGAUUGCACUCCGUGAGGGCUUACAAUUAUAUGGGGGGGAAGAUCGAUAUAUCGAUAUCAAGUGUGACAACACAAUCGGCGGUCAACUUUCCGAGCGGAUCUUGCAACAUAUCCAGAGCCAAGCCAUCAAACUCGGGUUGGAUGAUUUAUGA